AUGGCGCCCACGGAGAAGUUCGACUACCAGCCAUUCGCGAAACCACGCUUCAUCAGGCUAUUGACACUCUACCCAUCCACCUCGGAUACGAAACCGCUCAAAGGCAGCCUGCAUCAAGUGUCUCUCGAUGAACUCAAAGGUCCUAAGGCAAAUCACAGCUACGAAGCUCUGUCAUAUGUCUGGGGCGCCAAACAUGGAACCGUCCCCAUCACCUGCGACAACCAGACACUUCUCAUUACGCCCAAUUGCGAGUCUGCACUGCGGCAUCUUCGUCACAGGUUCACACGCCGAGUGCUCUGGAUAGACGCUAUCUGCAUAGACCAGCAAUCAAUCGAGGAAAAGAAUGGUCAAGUUCCGUUGAUGGGCGAGAUCUAUACCACGGCGAAGAGUGUCAUCAUCUGGCUUGGGUCGGGUCAACCCAAGGACGAGGAUCUGCUUCGUCAUGCUCGUAUUGGAGGCCGACUAUAUCAAGUUAGAGGUUUGGACACAGAGCAGAUACUUCCUGGCCAGCGUACCAGGAAAUGGGUUUCAAAAUUCAUAUCGGAGGAAGAGAUUGAAACCGUGCGGCGCAUCUGUUCCAACGUUUGGUUUACGCGCAUCUGGACUGUUCAGGAGCUUCUACUGGCUUCCUCGGCUGUCUUCCAGAUCGGCCAUACUGAGUGCCCGACGGCGAUGCUUUACAAUUACCUUAUCAUUACCGAGACUUUCGCCCAUUCCGAAUCUCCAGAACUGCAACGCUUUCAAAUGAGAAAUCGUGCGCUAGAGACACUUCACCCGCAGAUCUCGGAGGGAAAAAGCGCCUUCUCAACCCAUAUACAGCGCCGCGGAAGAUCCCCAGAGACCGACAGUACCGAACUGUUGGCUAUGUGCUGGCAGCUCGCCGGCCUGAGCGACGCAACUGACCCUCGGGACAAGGUUUAUGGCAUGUGCGGCCUCCUCCAGAGCAUUCUUCCAAAGGGGGCUACUCUACCUGAAGUCGACUACAACAAGCCGAUCGCACAAAUCUUUGAAGACGCGACUCGUGCCUUGAUCUGGUCGACUAAGUCGCUGUUGCCCCUCGAAAUGAUUGUCCGUCAGAAUGGCGAACCGAACGAUCUGCCAUCAUGGGUCCCUGACCUACGUGAUCCUACCGCUAUUAGGACCGACUGGCAACCUAGCGUAUGGCGUCACGUUUCCAACGACACUAAAAUAAACAUUCCGGAUUACUCGAAGCUCCAGCAGAAACUAAGGGAACGACAAAAAGCAUCGGGCUCUUCGAAACCUGUCCCGAGCGCAGAGAUGAUCAUACCGGAGAAGCAGGAGCCGCGACAACUACCAGUAAAGGCCAAAUAUCUCGCUGAGGUUGUUGAAGUAUACACAAGAAUGCUGAACGCUGGCAAAGGAGCACCGGAUGGCUACCUGCUGCGCACAGCCUGUCUGUCUGAGUGGACUGCCGUUGCUUUCGGACUUGAGGAGAGUCAGUCCGCUGAGCAGAUGCCGCCCGGCGGCUACCUCAAUGCCCUAGAGAACUUGACGCCAGCGCUCAAAUACAUACGCGAAAUAAACGACGGCCCGGCGAGUUCUUCCUCCAACAGUCCGAUGAAGGAGCCGCGACGUAAUCAGCCUGUAGACGUAUACGAUGGCGCUGUUCUUUUUCGCACAUCGUGCGGUCUACUCGGCCUGUGUAAGGGCCAUGUUCGCGUUGGCGACAGAGUAUGGCAGCUUGCUGGCGGACGCUACCCGUUCGUGCUUCACCGAGAACCUUCGCCGGGGCAGUCGAUCUGGGCAAGGUGGUCGGUGUGGCCGCAGGACAAGGUGUACCGACUAGUCGGCACUGCUGAUGUACCUGGGCUGGAAUCAGAGCACAGACAGAUGGUUUGGGGCAAGUAUCACGAAAAACAUUUUCAUGACAUCGUCCUUGUAUGA